GGACAGCCGCGUCGCCAGAGGCCCCGGGAGCGGCGCGGGGCAGCGGCGGCGGCGGCCAUGGCGCGGUGGCGGGUGCCGGUGGUGGACGUGCAGAACGACAACUUCACGGAGCUGUGGCCCUCCAUGGUGCUGGCGCUGCGCACCGCCACCUUCGUCGCCGUGGACACGGAGCUGAGCGGCCUCGGUGCCAGGAAGUCGCUGCUGAGCCCGUGCAUCGAAGAGCGGUACCGGGCCGUCUGCAGCGCGGCCAGGACCCGCUCCGUCCUCUCCCUCGGCGUCGCCUGCUUCAAGCAGCUCCCGGAGAAGUCCGAGAACACGUACCUCUGCCAGAUCUACAACCUGACGCUCCUCUGCACGGAGGAUUAUAUUGUCGAACCCCAGUCGGUGCAGUUCCUGGUGCAGCACGGCUUCGACUUCAACAAGCAGUACUCCCAGGGGAUUCCUUACCACAAGGGCAACGACAAGGGCAAUGAGAACCAGAGCCAGAGCGUUCGGACUUUUUUUCUGGAGCUCAUACGAGCGAAGAAGCCUCUCAUUCUCCAUAACGGCCUGAUCGAUCUGGUCUUCCUGUACCAGUGCUUCUAUGCUCACCUCCCAGACAACCUCGGCACCUUCACUGCUGAUCUUUCGGAAAUGUUUCCAGCAGGAAUAUACGACACUAAGUAUGCUUCAGAGUUUGAGACUCGCUUUGUAGCAUCCUACUUGGAGUACGCUUACAAGAAGUGCAAGCGAGAGAACUGCAAACUGAAGGACUCCAGUGGCCCGCACCUCACCGUUGAGUUCUGCAACUACCCUGCCAACAUGUCCCGUUACAUCGACUAUCGCCACUGCUCUCUGGAAGAAGAAAGCCACAACGUGGGAGGGGGAAAUAAGGUGCCUGUCUGUGAGAAAUUUUCGGCCUAUGGCUGGUGUCCAAAAGGGGUGAAGUGUCCACAGUCCCAUAACAUUGACCUCAUAAUUGAUGAGGAUGACAAGCUUUGGGAGGAGAAGCGGAAGAAACGGAAGCACAAAUGGAAGCGUCAGAAGAACACAGAAGAGCUUGCAAAGGUGUUUGAACAGGAAAGCUCAGGGAAAGAAAUUGAGCUAGCUCAGAAUGGGGAGGAGGGACCACCACGAAAACAGAGCUGCUACGAGCCUGCAGCUGCUACAGAGCUCGCAGAGAUCACACCUAACAGUGAGGGCAGGCCACUGGAGGAGAACUCCACGGACAUGGAACCAGAAGUCAGCUCAGACACCAGCAUGCAACGGGAAGAGGAGCUGGGGAGCACCGAAGGAACUGCUGCCCAGGUAGCAGCUGCUGUGAGCCCUUCUGCCAAGGGAAAUGUCUCUGACAGUGACCAAGUGGAGGGGAAGUCAGAGGUUCCUGCUGGGGUGGGCUCAGUCAACCACCCAGACAUCCCCAAGACUGAAGCAGCAUGUGCUGCAGAAAAGGAAACCCAUGGCCCACCUUCACAGGGGGGCACACACCGAGCUGGCUUUGAUGCAUUCAUGACUGGCUACAUCAUGGCUUAUGUCUGGAUGCUCAAGAAAGGAAAAAACACAGAUGCUGGUGCAGGGCCCUGGUUGCCAGACUGCCACAAUAAACUGUACCUCAGUGGGAAAUCGGUGCCACUUCAAAUAGUGAAGAGCUUGUUUUCUAAAUCUUCCAAAGCUCACAGCCAGAAGAUGAAGUUGGCCUGGGCCAGUGGAUAGAGCUAGAGGGCUCCUCAGUGAGCUGGGCUGUUUUUCCCCUCAAGUUUUGAAGUUCUUUAUUCCAUCAAGAACUGACUAGAAGGGGAGCAAGUUUCUUACUGUUUUUGUUUUAACUUCUGACUGAUUAAAUUGCUCUCAAUUAGA